UCAAGGCGGCGUGUCACAAGUAAAAUAGGAGCUGGCAGGACAGUGCUACCCGGAUUUCAUCAUGGAGUUAAAGCACCUGAAACCGAGGCAUUCAAGGCUUCUCUUGGCCUCAGUUGUGGGCAUCCUGGUUUGGAUGCAUUCCCGGACCGUUCUGGAUGAUCUGGGUGAUUUGUUUGUUCAAGGUGCUCGAAUUCCCGGCUCUAUUCAGUCAGUUUCCACUAUAACGAGAGACUCCGAAUUCAGACACAGUUCAAUCCCGACCAUGCGAAUGGACCGCGGUUCUCUCGUCCAGCUUCGGGCAGCAAAAAAACAAACAGGAGAAACAAUCAUGCAUGGUGACACAGUGUACAUAAAGGUUAUGACAGGACGAUAUGUUGGUGAACUAGAUGGCACAACCAAAUUGGAAUGGGUGAAGGCACGAGGCAAGCAGAAAGACAAGGAACAUGCACUCACAAUUGAAAAAAUGACCAACCGUGAUGAACCGGUAAAAAAUGGAGAUGUGGUGAUGUUUGUGAUGCCGACUGGUGUCCACAUGGAUGUUCUGGGAAGUGCUGUUCGUGCACGAUAUUACGAUCCUAGAGGUGAGUGGCAGAAGAUCACGAUCGUCAAGCAGGAUGGAGGUGACAUCUACUCCGGCGAUCAGAUCUUCCUGCGGGGACAUCAAGGAGAGUACUUAGACGCCAAUCCUUUGGAGCGAGCACCCGAUGGAGAGGUGAAGGCUCGAUGGCGCGAUGAAGGAGAAUGGCAAGUGAUGUGGAUUGAGAAGUGAUUGCACAACAGAAAUCGGUCGUAUGGUUUGACACUGUUAGUAGCCUUUAUUGGUUCGAUUGUGCAGUAAUGAUUACGACUUCAAGUUCAACUGUCAAAGACCUGAGCAGACUGCACGUAGAAAAACUUGCAAGCUUGUUUCCUUGUCUCGAGACAUUCUGUAUAUUGCGCAGCCCAGAAAAGAGAA